GAACGCGCCCAUUAUCUAUUUGUCAAAACGCACAUGUUUUUAUUACGGGCGAAUGUUGAGCACAAAAUAAAUAAAAACUUUUACUGAAAUUAAUACCUAAUUCCCAUGGUAUAAAAAAUUCCUUCCUAAAAUAAAAUGGGAGCUGUUAAAUUUGAUAAAAACAAAAUUGCUAAACUUCUUAAAUCAGAAAAUGAUUAUAUUCUCGAUGUGUUAACAAAUUUCAAUGUUCCUGAUGUCGGAGAAGAUGGAGAUAUGAACAAUUAUCUUCUUGAUAGCAAAGGAAAAGGUGCAAAAACUCAAGCUAAUUCCGCAAAUUCUGUAACAGAUCUUGAAGAACGAUUAACUUCUAUUAAAAACAAAUUAAAGACCAAAAAGCGAAAAGUAUCGGAAAAGAAAGCAAAAAAACAAGGCAUGAAGAAAUUAAACAAAAAUAAAGAAUUUAAAAAGGUAUUACUUACCGCCAAUAAAACAAUAAAGAAGGAACAAGGAGGUGCCUCGGGAGGCUUGUCCGAUUUAAAGGAUGUGAAGAAAAUGGUCAAACCUAUUUUCAAUGCUGAAGGCAAAAUAGUUUUUUCUAAAUUCGAUUUUGCUGCACAUCCUGGUUCUAAAUCUAAGAAGAAGUCGAGUUCUGAAAAAGUGGUCAAGAAUCCACAACAAGUACUCAGUACAAUGAAAGAUAUGAAAACUAAAUUAAUGGAACUUGAAGAUCAGGGUGAUAAGGAAAAAGCUAAAGAAAUGAAAACAGAUUUGGCUUGGAAGAAGGCAUUCGAUAAAAUUGAAGGCAAAAAGGUGAAGGAUGACGAGCGGCUGUUGAAUAAAUCAAUCAAACGGAAGCAAGAUAAAAAGAAGAAAUCAAAGGAACAAUGGAUAGAAAGGAAAAAUAAAGUUGAACAAAAAAUACAGAACAAACAGAAGAAACGGAAUGAGAAUAUUAACAAGAAACUCAAGGAAAAGAAAAACAAUAAACUUAAGAGAGCAUCUAAGAAAGGGCGAGUCAUACCGGGUUUUUAAUUUUUUAAAUAAAGACAAAAAAACAUUUAA